UGAUCAAGGCAGCGAUGAGGAAGUACCCUAACCCCAUGAACCCUAAUGUGGUGGGAGUGGAUGUGUUGGACAGGAACCUGGAUACCGACGGACGGCUCCACAGCCACAGACUCCUCAGCACCGAGUGGGGCCUGCCAGGCAUCGUACGAGCGAUCUUGGGGACCGGUCAUACCCGGACGUACGUCAAGGAGCACUCCAUCGUGGAUCCCGAGGAGAAAAAGAUGGAGCUUUAUUCAACUAAUAUAACUCUAACCAAUCUGGUGUCAGUGGAUGAACGACUGGUUUACAGACCUCAUCCAGACAACCCAGAGGUUACUGUUCUGACCCAGGAGGCCAUCAUCACAGUAAAAGGAGUCAGUUUGAGCAGUUACCUGGAAGGAAUGAUGGCCCUCAGAAUGUCAGCUAAUGCCAGAAAGGGUUGGGAUGCUAUUGAGUGGAUCAUUCAGAACUCUGAAAGGGAGAACGUUCCUCUGUGUGAGCUG